AAAAAGAAAGAGAAAGAGAGAGAAAAAAAAAGAGAAAGUGAAUUCGCAGUCGCCCCCUUACACAUCCUAUCUUCUUCUUUUUAUAUAUAUUUUUUGUUUUUACUCUUCUAUAUGAUGGAAAUCAACUAUAUCACAAUAUACGACAAUACACCAGAAGCCAGAGUAUUGUUUGUAUCUGAAAGUGUAACAGACGUACUUGGUUGGCAACCAGAAGAAUUAUUAGGCAAUGGUGGCUAUGGAAUAACUCAUCCCGAUGAACGUCAUGCACUUGCCCUGAUUCAUUCGACCAAUGUCAAGAAUGAACGCUUAUCGAGUGUAACUUCUUUUCGUUCUCGACAUAAACAAGGUCAUUAUAUCAAUACAGAUGUGGUUAUUCAUUAUUGUUAUGAUGUAUUGAUUGCCACUCAUUUUGCUGUCGUCUCGGCAGACUGCAUCAAACACAAGAUGCGUACCAGCUCAGCCGAUGAAGCUUACGUAAUCCAACAGGAUGGCACCAUUCAGCUCACUGGUGCUUGGAAUAAUUCUCAACAGCGUAUCAAGAAACUUUUGACCAAUAAGAAUCCUUGGAACAUUGAUUCUACCAUACUGGAUGAACGAGAACCUCGGUUUUGUUUAUUUCUGAAUCGAUAUACAUCCCAUAGUACUAUUGUGUUUGCGACCAAUAUGUGUUUAGCCUUGGUGGGCAUGAACCCAUUUGAAUGCAUUGGUGAAUCAUUACUAGAUUAUGUGAGUCCGAAAGACCGAGAAAGUGUGGCCAAGCAGAUUGAGUUAUCCAAGAGUAGUGAUAUGAUUGCACGACUGCGAUUUGAUUGGAUAAAACCAGAUAAUACACUGGCUGCUGUUGAAGCUGUCUGUAGUAGUACUUUUGAUGGCAUUGUGAUGGUGGUUCGAUUAAUACCUGUUACUGUUGCGAUUUAAACAUGUUUAGAAUAUCUUUGUGUAAAAUAAAUAUCUAUAUGUAUAUCCUUGCUUUUGUCUAGAAUCAACACAAUUUACCAUGUAAAAAUAUAACAAACAGUGGUUAUUGUUCAAAAUUCUAGACUUUUUUUUUUUUUU